AUUAUUCAUCGAAGACACGUUAAUUUUGUGAUAAUAAAUAUGGCUGAUUGUAAAGUUAUCGUGAAUAGACCAAAUUCUUCGAGUCCACCUCCAAAUUGUGCAAUCUGUUUGGGUACAUUUAGUAAUAAGUGCUUCUCUGAUUCAUGUAUGCAUCAGUUCUGUUUCAAAUGUCUUCUGGAAUGGUCCAAGAUCAAACCAGAAUGUCCCCUGUGCAAACAGCCUUUCACUAGAAUAAUCCAUAAUGUGAAAAGCAAUGAAGAAUAUGACGAGCAUGUUAUUGAAAUAACUCCUCCAGAAGAUAUUCACAUCGUUGACACUGAGGAUUUUCUGUAUCUUCCCAUUGGCAAUCCACCUCCUGCUACCAGACAUCACUUCCAUUUCAGAACCACUUUCACUGUUGAUACUCGUGGAGAACAUGCUAUACAACAGAUGCUUCUAACACAUCCACUCACAAAUGGAGGACAAAUUUCUGUAGGAUAUCCCCCAUCUAGAAAUAUAUUCCAAAGAAUAAGACGUCGAGAUUCUACCACCACUACAACUAGUUUCCGUCGAUCCAUUUACACUAGAAACUUAUGGGUUAGCGCUCCUCCAGAUGUUACUGGACGUUACAGAGAUAUAUCUCCAGCAUUUUUCCAGGAUUGCCCUGGUGCCCGUACAAGACUAGUACCUUGGCUCAACAGGGAGCUGAAUGCUUUGCUGUAUGAGAACACCCAAUUGGUGAUGAGAUUAGUGGACGUCAUCAUGGAUCACUUGCUUCGCAAUCACAUAUGUAGUCGGACUUUUCGAAAUUUGCUCUUCGAUUAUCUUGACAAUAAAACGGACCAUUUCAUCCACGAGUUUUAUAAUUUCAUGAGGUCCCCGUUCGAUAUGAUAGGAUAUGAUCGUAAUGUGAUAUAUUCAGAGAGGCCUCAGUCUCCACUUCCACAUGUUGUGACUUUACAAGAUGAAAUUUCUGAUGAUGAAAAUGAUAGCGAUGUGAUAAUUGUGGGAAGCACCAACCCUGAGGAACCAGUUGUCAUAGAUCUAGUUAAUACGGACUCUGAUGAGCCUAUAUUGGUGUCUCAAGAGAACCCAGUGCCUAUUCCUUUAGCAGAGGAUAAUUCAGAACCAGAACCCGCACCUCGUGCUCCAAUUUUACCUUUGAAACUUAGACUCAAACACAAGAGGCAGUCAAGGGAAAAAAAGAAAGAAAAAAAGCGAAAGAAGAGGUCCCGACAUCACAGAUCAAGAUCGUCAACUUCAUCAAGCUUUAGCUGUCCUAGUGAAAGUUCUAGUGACAGUUCUGAAGAUUCAUAUAAAAGGUAUAAAAGGCGAAGAAAAAUGAAGAAACUUAAGAAAUUGUUACCCAAAAUAUCUGACAAUGAGUUGAGAGUAGACACUUCCUCCGACUCUGAUAUACCAAUUUCAGCACUCAUCCGUAAAAAGAAGCAACUCAAAAAAAGUAACAAGCCUGCUGCCAAUUUGUACAAAUCUUCCAAACAUGUGAAAAUGAAUCUUCUGCCGAAACCAACCAAAGAAACCUCUGAUGUGGGAUCAGAAGGUGAAUCACCGGGUGCGAAUGCUUUACCCACUUCCUCGAGGUAUACCUCCGAUUCAUUGGGUGUGGAAAAUGGUUUGUUCAAAACCGAGGAAAAUGACAGUGAGCCCAUCGAUUACAGUUGGCACAGAGAUAAAUCUUCGAGUUCCACGAAUGCUCCCUCAUGUUCUAAGUAUGCAUUCACCACAUCAGACUCCUCCCAGAAUAUAAAUGCACAGUAUAGGGUGGUGAGGGGUGCUUUGGAAUCGAGUGACGAGUUGAGUGACGACGACUAUCCCGCACACCAAGUAGUCAAGAGUGAAAUGAAUAAACUUUAUCCAGGAAAUGUAAAUUGUAAAAAAUAUUCCAAAAAUCGGGAAAGGCUGCCGAAUAUUCUGGUGAAAAGGGAGUACUGCUAAUUUGAAGUUCUAAUCAAAUUAUAAUUCAGGUUUUUUUAUUGAAUCAUGCGAAAAUCUGGAGUUUGACAUAAUAUAAUAAUUGAUUUGUCUUUUUAAGUUGUACAGUUAUUUAUCAAAAUAAUUUUAUAUAUUGUUGAACAAUAUUUCAUAAUUCGAUAAUUGAAAUUGUGUAAUGUGAAUAAAUUGAAAUCUGACUGGUAAUAAAUCUAUC